GCGAUCGGCGGCCGGCCGGCCGGCCAGCGAGCCAGCUAGCCGCGCGCGUGGGCCGGGGCGGCGGCGUCCCCAGCCGCAGCACCCAGGGGCGAGCAUGGCCCGCCCGCGGGGGGGCCGGGCCGCCGCGCACGCCGCCUGCGCCCCGCGCCCUGCCCAGCCCGGGUCACCGGCGCUCGCGCUCGCCGCUUAGCACUCGGGCGCCGCUCGCUUCUCCGGGCAUCGCGGAAAUAUCGCCGCAGACGGACACAAUGGCGGCGACUGCCGCCACCACGGCCGCCACCGCCGGCACGGCAGCCUGCAGCAGCAGCAGCCGCGCCGGCACCGACGCCGCGGGCACCCGCGGAUCGCAGCCGCCGCCGCAGCAGCCCCAGCCCACGGCCGCCGUGCCGGCCCGGCCGCCGCUGCCCGAGCCCCCCCGGAAGCCGCGCAUGGACCCACGGCGCCGCCAGGCUGCUCUCUCCUUCCUCACCAACAUCUCGCUGGACGGACGGCCGCCUCUGCAGGACGAGGAGUGGGGCGGCGGCGAGGAGAGCGGCGCGGCCAAGCCGGGAGCCGGCAGCGCCUGCGGCGCGAGGACUCGGCUCAGCCUGCUCGCCGCCGCCGAGCGGGGCGGCUGCAACGCGCUCGCCGCGGCGGGCACGGCGGCGGCGGUAGCAGCUGGAUGGGGCCCCUGCCUCCCGCAGCCCUCGCCGCUGCCACUCCUGGCCCCCGGCAGCCACGCUGCGGGGCUCGGGCCCGGGGCGACCCGGGGCUUCGUGAGCCCCCUGGGCGCGGGCCGGGCGUCGGGGGAGCAGUUACAGCCGCCCCGGCCGGCGCCUCUCGCCUCCUGCGCUCCGCCGCAGCUGCCCGACCGGCCCGGGAACGCCGGGCGGGAGGAGUUGGAGGAGGACGAUGCCUUUUCCAGCGUGCAGGUGCCGGCGGCCGCCUUUCUGGGCUCCGGGACCCCCGGGAGUGGGAGCGGCAGUCGGGGUCGCCUCAACUCGUUCACUCAGGGAAUCCUGCCCAUCGCCUUCUCCAGGCAGACUUCGCAGAACUACUGCUCCCUGGAGCAGCCAGGCCAGGGGGCCGGCACCAGCGCCUUGGAACAGUUGCAGAGGUCCCGACGUCGCCUCAUCUCCCAGAGGUCAUCCUUGGAGACUCUGGAAGAUAUUGAGGAGAAUGCCCCUCUACGGAGAUGUCGAACUCUCUCAGGUUCGCCCAGACCAAAGAACUUUAAGAAGAUUCAUUUUAUCAAGAACAUGCGGCAGCACGAUACCAGGAAUGGCAGAAUAGUCCUUAUCAGUGGCAGAAGAUCCUUCUGUAGUAUAUUUUCAGUGCUGCCCUAUCGUGACAGUGCCCAAGUUGGGGACUUGAAGUUGGAUGGAGGGAAGCAAUCCACAGGUGCUGUGAGCUUGAAAGAGAUUAUUGGCCUUGAAGGUGUGGAGCUGGGAGCUGACGGGAAGACUGUUUCUUACACCCAAUUUCUGUUACCCACAAAUGCCUUCGGAGCCCGGAGAAAUACCAUAGACUCCACCUCCUCCUUCUCCCAGUUCCGUAACCUGAGCCACCGCAGCCUCUCCAUAGGACGCACAAGCAGCACCCAGGGGAGCCUGGACACAGGUAGCGACCUGGGAGACUUUAUGGACUAUGACCCAAAUCUCCUGGAUGACCCCCAGUGGCCUUGUGGCAAGCACAAACGAGUUCUGAUCUUUCCUUCGUACAUGACCACAGUAAUCGACUACGUGAAGCCCUCAGAUCUCAAGAAGGACAUGAAUGAGACCUUCAAGGAGAAGUUUCCUCACAUUAAGUUAACACUCAGCAAAAUAAGGAGUCUGAAGCGAGAGAUGCGGAAGCUUGCCCAGGAGGACUGUGGCUUCGAGGAGCCCACAGUGGCCAUGGCCUUUGUCUAUUUUGAGAAGCUCGCUCUCAAGGGAAAGCUAAACAAACAGAACCGGAAGCUUUGUGCUGGAGCAUGUGUACUAUUAGCAGCCAAAAUCGGAAGUGACCUGAAAAAGCACGAAGUGAAGCAUUUAAUUGACAAACUGGAAGAGAAGUUCCGGCUAAAUAGACGAGAACUGAUUGCCUUUGAAUUCCCAGUGUUAGUGGCCUUGGAGUUUGCUCUUCAUCUGCCGGAGCAUGAAGUCAUGCCCCAUUACAGACGCCUAAUCCAGAGCUCCUAGCACAGGCCCCAAGGAGGGCUCCGGCCCACUUCCUCGGAGCUCGUGGAACAGCACUUACUACUGGAAAUGCAAAAACAGAACUCGACAUACCAGCCGUUUUUCCUCCCAACAUGUUUUUGAGUAGAAGCAGUACCGGAAACUCUUCAGGGAGUCCUGGUGAGCCGGGAUGAGCCGUGAGCGGUUUAUUACGCAGCAGGGAAAGGGGAGACCUGUGUGGAAGGUGGCAGAAGGCCUUUUGGCUUUCCCCUGGCAAGACUUCCCAGCUGUCCCCACGCUGCUGUUCUUCCCGGGCACAUACAAACCUCGCAAGCAUGGUCCAGGGGGCCUCCCCUCCAGACCUGGUCCAACUUAGGAGUGCAAAGUUCUAGAGCAGAGUGGGGAAGAGAAUUUGCAGCAGCCAGGGAGGAGCUUUUAAAAGAGGGUUCACUGUGUCAAGAGAGUGUGCCAAUCUAUUUGUGUGUCCACUCUUGGAAGUGCACUCCCACGCCCCCCCCCCAGACCCGGGGCACGCAGGGGGGAGAAUGUGUGUGUCUGAGAGAUUCCAUGUCAGCCCUCCUCGGCCCCCAAAGCCAGUCCCGGCCACCACAGAGCAGACCUCUGCCUGGGGGUCCUGAGCCAGCCUGACCUUCGGCAGUUCUACAUAAUCUCUGGGUUCCGCCAUCCUCCCUCCCUCCGCAACAGAUGGUCUGACAUCCUCUGCCCUCAGAAAAUGCCAGAGUUUCGGUUACUGCUCCUGCCACCAACGGGACAAAGAAGACGGUUCUCGGCGUCGGCCGGGGCACGUGGAAGGGUGUGGCCUGCGGUGCUCUGCCUCUUCCCGCCGCCAGGCCGCGUGCGCACAUUUGACCUCCGCCCUUUGCCCGCGCUGGAGCCGGCCGGGGCUGCGCUCCGUGGUGUGUAUGCCUGUGCUCUACGUUAGAGUGCGUAAUAAGCACGUUGAUUGUGCUCGCUCUGUAUAAAUAUUUUCUAAAAAUCCAGAGUAGGUGUAAGCUGCAUGACUGGUGUUUGGAGGCUUCUGACAGCUGGGACACACUGCAGCUGGAGCUGAGGUUCGGUCAACUGGAGAGGCAGGGGCUGCUCAUGGCCCCGUACAGCGGUCUGUGCAGAAUUGCAGCUGUGACUUGCCCCAGCUGGCCGGGACGACCCGUACUAAAGGCCAUAAAGGCCAUCACCACACCCAGCACCUCGCAGCCACAAGGUGGGGGGGGGGGGGGCUGCUGGAGUUCUGACAGGAGGAGGCCUGGGGCCAUGUAAAAAGAGAAUUAAAAUACUUUGUUUCUAUAUACAUGUAUGCAUAUGUGUAGACACCUGUGUGUCACCGGUCACCCCUUGCCCUGCAUUACAGAUUCAUCUGCCACCAUCCCCACUUGCACACGGAUUUGGAGCUUCUUACACCACCCCCCCAGGGAAGGGGUGCCGGGGAGGCCGAGCACAGCUUUACUUAGAGCUAGAAAGAAUCUGAGGGUCGUACAGGAUGGAGGAACUUAGGAAACAGCUGGGGAGAGAUCAGAACACUCCCCUUUCUCCAGAGUCCUAGUUUUAACUGAAUUUAGUACUGAGUACUGUGCUAACCAAUUUCCUUGGCUGGAUUCAGUGGCAAGACCCUGAUUUUGUCAGGGGCUACGAUGAACAUAAUCUCUAAAUCAGCUAACCGUUAAGGGGUACCUACCUCCUGCGAAUGAGGCAAAUGGGGAAUGAAGCACGAGGUGUUCAGAGCAUCUCUAGCGCCUGAACAUGCCCUUUUCCCUCCUGGUGUCUGUCAUUUGCCACUCUCUGAUGAGCCGCCCCAGGUUCGCAGCCUGCUCGGCUCCCUGGUGAGUCCCUGGCGAGUCCCUGGCAGAUGGAAAGCCUCUCUGAGGAGCAAGGCCACUGGCAUCUAGAAACUGCCCACAGAGCUCCCCACCGUCCAUCUGCCUUGGAGGUCCUGCCAAGUUCAGGGGGGCGGCUGAUGGGUGACACAUGCCACCAGGGUCUUUCCUGGGUCUUAAAAUCAGGCUAGUAGUGUUGAAUUUGGGGAUGUUUGGUUUUCAGCAUUUACAAGAUGAACUUAAAAAAAAAAUGGACCAACAAUUUCCUAAGACUUCUUUUUAAACUAUUUUGGCCUGUGGUGCAGGGAGGGGUCUAAGAAUGAUUUUGUCAAGAGGCUUCUUUUGCUUGUCCUUGACAUGAGCUUUCUAAAGGUAGGAGGAGGAGACCGAGGGUAGGAGACGAAGGUCACCCACUGCCAGAGCCACCCCGGUGACAUGCGUCCCCGACACUGCUCCAGCCUGGGCCUUUGACAAGGAGGCAGGGACUCUGUGCCUAUAUGGAGAGGCGGAGGCCACGUGGCAGACUGUUCUAGAAGACCUGGAGGCCCUGCCCUUUCACCCUCCACCACAAGGGGCAGGUUCAGCCCUGCCUCUCUCAGGGGAGCCCUCCUAGCCGCGUGCCCCGCAGGCCCGCACUAGACGAGCUGCUGGGCCUGGCUCGGUGCCCCAGCCUGGGCUUCUCUCUAGUCAGCCUUGCCUCUUCAUCAGAGAUGGACACCAGCCGAGCAGACAGGCGCGCGUAGCCGCUCUGUCCCCGAGCAGGGGCCCCGCCUGGGAGGGGUCUGUUCCCCCGCCCCUGGCGUAGCUGCCCCAGGGGCCUGAGGUCACUAUUUGCCCUCCGUUUCCCCCCAGGC